GUCUUCUCAGUGGGCAAAUGUCUCCGACCAACAUUAAGCUAGAGAAGUUGGAUUCUCAGCAAGUUCUCCAGCUGUGUCUCCGGUACCAGGACCACCUUCACCAGUGCGCGGAAGCCGUGGCCUUUGACCAGAACGCUUUAGUCAAGAGGAUCAAAGAGAUGGAUCUUUCCGUAGAGGCACUGUACGCGUUGAUGCAAGAGCGCCAGAAGAGGUACGCCAAGUACGCUGAGCAGAUCCAGAAGGUCAACGAGAUGUCGGCCAUCCUCCGCCGCGUCCAGAUGGGCAUUGACCUAACCGUCCCGCUGAUGGAGAGGCUGAACGGCCUGCUGCCGGAGAACGAGCGGCUGGAGCCCUUCUGCAUGAAGCCGGACAACAGGGAGCUCAGAUCGUAGCUUCCGUUCGUCCGGCCAUCUCCUCCCAGGCUUUGACUGCAGGACCUUGCUUGAAGCUUCAGGCUCAGGGUGAGUA